UGCAACACCUCUCAACGUAUCACACACGAGAGAGGGAAAGGCAACACCUCUCAGCGUAUCACACGCGAGAGAGGGAAAAGCAGCACCUCUCAGCGUAUCACACGCGAGAGAGGGAAGGUACACAAACAUCGGGCAUAUGACCCAAAUGCUUUCAACAAGGUGCCAGUGUAAACACCGGGCAUACCCGGGUGUUUCUAACCAACGAAAUGAGGGAGAGGAAUGGUUUUACCUGGGAUUCCUCUGAAUGAACCGUACAUAUAAUAUUGUGCAUGUAAAGAAAGAAACUUGAUAGGUAUGAUGCAAUAUAAUGCAUGUCUGACGCGAGACGAAUGAUCAUAACAUGAUGUUGAGGCACUCUCGAAGCAGAACAUGCAAGAAAUAGAGCAUGUUCUAUGCAAGAUAAUCAAUGAUGCAUAUUCAAUGCAAGAUAAUCAAUGAUGCAUAUUCAAUGCAAGCAUGGUAAUGCAUGCUCUAUGCGACAACUCAGAAUGCAUGUUCCAUGCAUCGUGCAAAAGCAAUGGACACUCUAUGCAAUGACUAAAGCAUGUGUGGCAAAGACAACUCAAAAGGGCAACUCCCGAUUUACUUCUCGGAGAGUUGCGAUAUGUUAAAAAAGGAUACACCUUAUGUGUGUUGAAGGGUGAUGAUCACCGCGCACGGAGAACACAAUUCUGGGCUUCCGCGGAGGCAUUCUGAAUCAAACUUUGAGCAUACCUUGCAUUUCUUGGAACCCAAGGACACAUAUCAAGGUAAAAGAGGCAGGGAGAGCUAGUGGAGGCCUGCCGGUCAUCAAGGGAAGCUAUUGGCCCCAUGCCGGCCAUCAGUGGAACGUGCCGGCCAACAAUAAAGGGGUGUCGGCCAUCAAUGUGCCACUGCCGGCCAUCGAUGGCAGAUUGGUCUUUUCAGCCGUGGCUCUUUAAGUACAAGCAAAAUCACUUCAUUUCCACACAAAACCUUGCACGAAAUUUCCUUCCCUUGCUUUCUAGGUUCUCGUUCUCUUGAGAUUCACGCAUUCUACGCGUUUUCUAACACCGUAAAACCAUUUUCUUCGCGAAAACUCUCUAGUUCCCUUUACUUUGAAUCGAUCAGAAUUUGAUUUCGACACUUCAUUCGUCAUUUCCACCGUUCAAGGCUCAUUCCCCUCGAGUUUCUUCCAAGGUUAGUACACUUUCCCGGGUUUUGAUUUCUCUUUGACUUUACCUCUCUCCUAGGGUUUGACUUGUUCAAAGUUUCACCAUUUCCUGCAUUUAUCCUCAUUUUUGCUCAUUUUUCAUCUAUUUUAGAUGGCAGAUGAUGUCCCACAUGACGGGGGCUUCCCCGCACUUCCUCUGGUAGAGUUUACAGCGGACUUUAAGGUCGAGCCAGAGGCCGAGCCUGAGCCAUUACCGCCGAGCAUACGCCCUUUUGAUCUGGCGAGGUAUCACCCCGAGACUUACAUUAUACCCACUGCGGGAGGCAUCAAAGCCUUCACCGACUUUGCUGAGGACGUGCUAGACAACCUCCUACUGAGAGAGCGUGCGUCUCACUUAUCGACCAUUGCCGUGGAGGUACGAACUCCGCUUUUCUACAGUACUAAUUUCAGCUAUUUGCAUUUCUUGUACUGUUUUAAUCUGAUUGCAUCACAUGCCUUGAUUUGACUGUAUUUCAUACAUCACUGCUUCGCAUUCACUGUACGUUCAACUAUACUUUCAACUGUACUUGAUUUGAUUGCAUCUCAUGCAUUACUACAGGACGGAUCCUGCUCCUACAGAGGCUAUGGCACGACGAUAGCCUGGGACUAGUAAGAUAAGCGGCCAACUAGGGUCCGAGACAUCAUUGACAAGACCGGCUUCGGUCUGUUUUGCAACAGCUUGACGCGGGUCGUAGCAAGCCACCCUCUCUUAGGGGCUCUCGUGGAGAGGUGGUGGGAUACCACCAACUCCUUCCAUUUCUCCAUGACCGGGGAGAUGACGAUGACUCCCUACGACUUUUCCAUGAUCACGGGCUUAGGCGUGGGAGGUGAUCCGAUCCCUCUCGACCCUGACAUGGAGGAGUGGGAGGCUGUAUGGACCGCAUUGCUCGGGGCACGCCCACCGAUACUUCGAGCAAGCAUGGUCAGAUAUAGUUGGUUCGAGGAGCAGUUUAGAGGAGAGGAGCCCAAGACAGCUGAGGAGACAGAGUAGUAUGCUAGGGGCUUCCUCAUGUUCCUCUUCGGUACCACCUUGUUUUUUAACAGGUGGAAUACCGUCGGUCUAUACUUUCUGAGCGCAUUGGUAGUACUCCAAAGAGUUCAGUUCUACAACUAGGGCGGAGCCGGCCUCACUACUCUAUAUGGAUACAUGAGCUCGACCUCUCGAAUGAGCGGGACCUUGAUCGGCGACUACUGGCGGGUUUGAGAGGUACACAACUGAGUUCCCCAUUUUCACUUUACAUUUUCUACUUAUCAUUUCCUGCUUUACAUUCUCUGUAUCUGCAUGCUUUCUGCCUUGCAUUCAUACUUUCUACUCUGCAUUUCCUGUGUCUACUCAUACACUGUAUUGAUUACAUUUUCCCUGCAGUUGUGGGUAUACGCAUACUUCCCAGCUCUUGCUCCAGAGCCCGUAGAAGGGACCCCAGUGACAGUCCUGUUCUCUCGGGUAUACGAUGGCCAGCUCCGUCGUAGGACCCAGGAGAACUUCAUCUUCUUCUGAUAAUACUUCGACACAGUGGCAGCGCACGAGAUCACAUGGCAGCCGUGGGAUGUGACACCCUCGGGGUUCAAAUUCCCGUAUGAGACAGCUAGGGUCGUUGCUCGCUACCAUAUUCUCCUCGAGGGUUCGAUCUGCCAUGCUUCGUUCUUGAGCGAGCAUUUUGCGCGCCAGACCUUAUGACUACCCGCCCCGUUCGUAUCGACGGCACCCCUAGUAUCGAUGAGAGAGAUACACAGACUUUCUGCUGAGGAGGUGAUCCAGUUUAUGGUAGGACUGGAGACAGAGUACUUCCAUACAGAGGGCGACUAGGCAACCUUCAUCCAGACUCAUCUGAUGCCGCCUUUGACCGGCGUUCGCGGGGGUGAGGGAGUGAGAGCUCCAACUGUGAGAGAGAAAGGCAAAGCAGCCAGAGCGACUAGGUCUGGUAGGAGGAGAGAUUCUAGGGAGAGGCAGAGAGCGGGAUGGCCAGAGCUGGCUACCUCAAUGACUUAUCGGAGACGUUCUGGGGAGACUUGCCAGAUCCCUAUUGAGCCUGCACCAGCUGGUCAUGCACUUGUCGGAGUUCGAGGCCCGAUCCCAGCACCCAUAGAGUACACAGGGCAGGCCCUUGAGCUAGUGGCUUCCUUGACAGAGAUGGUACAGACGAGCCUGGAUCUGCUCAGCCUCUACAGGAUCCCGAUUCCUUUCAAGAUGUCAGCCCUAUCGGGUGCCCCAGCAGGAGCAGUGGCAGGACCUUCAGUUCUUCCCCCAAUAGCAGAGAGGAGAGGGAGACAGGCUCAGGCAUGUAGCCGAGGCAGAGCUAUAGGCAUCCACGGCGAGAGUGGCCCUUAAGAACCCAUUCUGGGUGAUGAUGAUGACGAGACGAGCGAGGAGGCUGAGGUAGCGAGUCCACAGUCCGAGUCAUUUGAUGGAGGAGGCGCUGACUCCGACUCGGAUUCUACUGGUGGUGAGGCUGGAGAGGCUGAGGAGGGUUCCAGAGUUCAGGCUCUAAUCCAGCUUCAGACAACGGUGCUGAUGGUGAUAGUGCUUCGAAGGCUGCUCGGCCGAGGAAGAGGACAAAAAGGGCCUCUCGAUCUUGAGCUAGUCGGCACCGAUCUAGAUGAUUUUUUUUCUUUAUUUUCCUUUUUGCUAGUAGUAUUAGCACAUUGUACAGCCUUAGGCAGUUUUAUUUUC